AUGGCGCCACACCAUGUAUGGGCUAUGUUGAAAAACGUAUACUUUGUGUUCCUCUUGGAACUUCGAGCUCUUAUGAAAGUUGGGCCUUAUCUGCAAAAGGAGCUUUUCUACACGGGAAAUGAAAAGGGAGUCGAGUCGCAUGCGCGAGAACUGCGAGAAGAGUUCCGAUCGCACUUUUUGAACAUCUCACGAAUUAUGGAUUGCGUAGGAUGCGAUAAGUGUCGAUUAUGGGGGAAA